GACGUGUGUCAACUGCGUUUAACAUGUGGUUGCUCUUUUUUACUAUGUUUCCGUUUUUAUUAACAUACUCAGAGUCUAAAAUUCUUCAAGGACGUCUUGUAACACGUGAAAAUUGGGCAUUUUUAGCAAGAUUCUGUUUUUUAACCGAGGAAGGCACAUUUCGGUAUAAUUUUGAAUUAGGAGGUAAAGAAAAGAAUUUGAAAAUAUUAUUAUAUUAUGAUGCACCUGAUCAAUGGACAAGCAUCUAUCCUUCAAAUAAGACAUGUAUCGAAAAAGAAGCUAUACUCUGGGAUGGAAUUGGUCAGAUAAUACCAUUAUCUAACUUAACAUCCGAAGAAUCAGGAUGUGUCGUAAAAGAAGACGCGAGAAUGCGAUGUGCUAGUUUUCGAAGGUUUCGAUCAGGUCGUCCUAGAUGGUGGUUCAUCGCACUAGCAGAUUGUUCAUCAGAAAUUGGACUAAACGUCUCGUAUUGGGUGUCGUUAACAAACGCGCCACAUGGUUAUUUUUGGAAAGAACAUUUUUCAGUAGAUGAAUUCUAUAUAUUACCAGAAUUGAUAACAAUUGCUUGCAUUUAUGUUGUACUUGUGAUAUUAAGUAUUUAUGUGGCCAUGCAAUUACGGGCACGGAGACUAUUACAUGUAUCUUACAAAAUAUUUGUGGCUUCACUACUUUGUCAAUUAGUGGGGAUGCUAUUUGAGAUUUAUAGCUAUAUAAACCUUGGUCUAAGAGGAGUACCAUCUGAAGGUGCUUCUUUAUUGGGUCAAUUGUUAGAAGCAUGUUCAGAUAUUUUGUAUACUGUACUUAUGUUACUACUGGCACUUGGUUUUACAGUGACUAAAAGUAUCUUAACAGCUAAACAAAUUAAAUGGCUUGUAUGUUUUACUAGCCUGCUUUGUUUUUGUCAAUUUUCAUUGUACAUCUACAACUCCGAUGUGUUUGAUCCUGGGUUGGUGUUAUACAUUUAUGAAUCACCACCAGGUUAUGGAUUAAUAAUAAUAAAAUUGAUUGCAUGGAUUGUAUUUUCUCUUCGCUGCUUUAAGACUGUUAAAAAAAUGUCAACAAAGCUUCAUUUUUAUGGUUCAUUAUUUUCAUUGGGAUCAGCAUGGUUCUUAUGUCAUCCAUUAACGAUACUCUGCAUCACUUUAUUAGUAGAUGAAUGGGUACGAGAAAGUGUUGCUAAGGGAUGUUCAUUGUGGAUUAUUUUUAUGGGACAUAUAAUAUUUUUGUACAUCACACGACCAUCUAUGGCUAACAAACGUUUUCCAUUUCAUAUUAGGACAUGUCAAGUUAUGCCAAUUGGUGGUGAUGGACAGGACCACAGUUAUGAACCCCAUAUUAGAACAACCACUUCUGCAUUCACUAUUUCACAUCUAACACCAGCUACUUUGCAAUCAUAAUAGUUUCAUUACAAAAUUUAAAAUCAUAACUAAUGAUUAUCAAUCACAUGAACCAUCAAGCCAAC